AUGUUUAGUGACAAUGGCACUAACUUUGUCGGGACAAAGAACAAACUGAAGGAUUUAUUGAAUCUAAUCAACGAUACCCAACACCAAGCUGCAGUGGCUAACUAUUGCACGAAUGAAGGCAUCCGAUGGCAUUUUAGUCCGCCAAGGGCUCCCCAUUUUGGCGGACUAUGGGAAGCAGCUGUUAAGUCUGCAAAAUAUCACCUUUUGAGAGUCGUCGGAGAAGAUGCAAUGUCCCCAGAAGAUUUCCAAACUUUGUUGGCUCAAGUUGAGGCAUGUCUUAAUUCUCGGCCGAUCACACCUCUAUCCGAUGACCCCAACGACCUGGAACCUUUAACACCUGGCCAUUUCCUGAUAGGGUCGUCACUGCAAGAUCUGCCUGAGCCUGACUGGAAGGCUAUACCAACAAACAGACUGGAUCUUUUCCAAAGGUUACAGCAGAAGCUUCACCAGUUUUGGGAACGAUGGCGCAGAGAGUACCUGUGCCAGCUGCAAGGGCGAACGAAAAGGAAAAACGAGCCGAAGCAAGUUUCUCAGAACACUUCCACUGCAGCAGCGAAGAAGAUUACGAGCCCCUCUACUGGCAUCAAUGAUCGUAAGCGAGAACCUGUCGUCAAACGCCACCAAGUUUUCGAGAGAAAACGCGCGUGUCUCCAGUUAGCCUUGCGAACAAUGGCGCAGAAUCGGGAGAUGGCUAGAUCGAUUCUCGAUCCGAUCUAG